UUCACCGGCCACGACAGCUGUUUCCUCAAAAUGUUUUGACAAGAAAAUACCAUUUUUUACAACAACUGCAGAAAUAUUCUCUCUUAAAGAUGCUUCCACUACAUAAGCAUGACAAGGAGUAUCGAGGGCCAGGCUUAUUCGGAAAGAUUACAGGAUGGAUGAGAUUGAUAUUUUCUGAAAAGACCUCGAGAAACAUCUUUAUGUUCCUGUUGUUGAAUCUCUCGUUUGCAUUUGUAGAGCUUGCAUAUGGAAUCUGGACAAACAGUCUGGGUUUGAUAUCAGAUUCCUUCCACAUGUUUUUUGACUGUACAGCCUUACUGGCAGGCCUGGCAGCCUCAGUUAUAUCAAGGUGGAGAUCAAAUGAGAAUUAUUCAUACGGGUUUGUUCGGGCUGAGGUUCUAGCUGGUUUUGUCAAUGGACUGUUCUUGCUUUUUAUAGGAUUUUUCAUCUUUUCAGAAGCAGUUGAGCGUCUAGUCGAGCCACCGGAAGUGAGACAUGAGAGACUAUUCUUGGUGUCAGUUGGUGGUUUUCUUGUCAAUUUGAUUGGAAUAUUUGCAUUUCAACACGGACAUAAUCAUUCCCAUGGUGGAGGAGGAGGAGAUCAUGGUCAUUCUCAUGGGGGACAUGGACACUCUCAUGGUUUAGGUUUUCAAGAAAAUAAUUUACAUGAGCGCCAUGGGCACAGUCACGGUAAUGAAGGUGAUCAUGGCCACAGUCAUGGGCACGAAAGUCAUGGACACAGUCAUGGACAUGAUAGCCAUGGACCUGAACCGAAGCAAAAUGCGUCACAAAAACAAAUUAUGCAAGGAGUAUUUUUACACAUAUUGGCUGAUACACUUGGAAGUGUUGGGGUGAUAAUAUCAUCUGGAUUAAUACAUUAUUUUGGUUGGAUGGUGGCCGACCCAGUCUGUUCAAUGUUUAUUGCCACAUUAAUUACUAUAAGUGUUCUACCGUUAUUGCGAGAUUCAAUUGGUAUUUUAAUGCAGCGGACUCCGAGGGAGUUGGAUCACCUCUUGCCUGGUUGCUAUCAAAGAGUAAGCCAGCUUGAGGGAGUAUACAGUGUUCAAGAACCCCAUUUUUGGACGUUAUGUAGUGAAGUCUAUAUAGGAACAAUAAAAUUAGAAGUGUCUGCAAAAGCAGACGCAAAAUAUAUUCUUAGUCAGACUCACAGUAUAUUUUUACAAGCUGGAGUGAAACAACUUUAUGUACAAAUAGACCAUGCCAUGAUGUAACAGACGACAAAGAAACAAAAAGAACACAACAGUUUUAACUCGACAAAUUUGAGUGGUGCAAUACAGAAAGAAAACAAUGCAUGUUUUCAUUCAACAGGAUACGUGGCAGACGGAGUACACUAGUCUCCUCCCAUAUUGUUCUUUUAUUGGGCUUUUUCACUGUUUUAGAAUCAACAUGUCUACCAGAUCUGAGUGAUGUAAAUACUGGUAAAGGGAUUUUCAGGUUGGAGAAACGCAAAACUGUUUUAUCUCUGUUACUCGGACGUUGAAGCAAAACUGCUGUAUCAGCUUUUAAAAUAUUCAUUGGCAUGUAUACACUACUGUCAUCUCUUAGUAUUUGUUGUCCGUAUGAAUUUCUUGUAGUGAAACCAUCGGCAUUAAUCGUAUUUCAGUUUUUGUGAAUUACAUUGACCUCGGAGGUAGAGCCUCUCAGUGUUCACGCAGUUAGAUUAUUGCUGUGCUUGUUUACGUAACAUCAAGUAUGAUACAGCUGAAACAUGCAUUUUACAGGAUGUUUGCGUAUUGACUUGUGCUUUCUCAGACAAAUUGACAUAAUGUCUGUCAUCAUCCGUCCUCCAAGCUGGUCUCUUGUGGGGAAGUUGUCAAAAACAUCAUACCAUCUUCACAUAAUUGAGCCAUGCCAUGGGAAAACCAACGUAGUGGCUUUGCGACCAGCAUGGAUCCAGACCAGCCUGCGCAUCCGCGCAGUCUGGUCAGGAUCCAUGCUGUUCGCUAACAGUUUCUCUAAUUGCAAUAGGCUUGCCUGGAUCCAUGCUGGUCGCAAACCCACUAUGUUGGUUUUCUCAUGGCACGGCUCAUAUCUUGUUAAUAAGUAUUGAACCACAAAAAAGAAAAAAAAAAUGAUUUCUAGUGACUUUAGCUUUAGCUUUCGCUCGGUAAUUCGAGAGACUUACCUAGGUGUAAUAUGAAGAUUUCCUCUCAUGGUGCCAACCAUUUUUAAACAGAAAAAAUCUGUUAGAUACUUGUAUCGAUUAUUUUUCACUUGGUAAGAUGAGUGCUGGAACAAAAUUUUGAGCAAGUUUCAAUGUCGAAAUAAUAUUCUUUUUUCAGAUGUUUUACUUUUAGUGCAUUUAAUGUACAUUAACUAUUGGUCUUGGUGAACAGACUGACCAACACAUUUCACUUCCAUUUUUAGUGUUCAUGUUAAAUGUCUCCAUCAUUUAGUCAGACGUUCAAAAGUCGUGGUAAUGUAAUGUAUCACCAGAUCACUACAGGUAAUAUAAUCUCAUUUUUGUUCAUGGUAGGUUGUUCCUAUCUAUCAUAACAUGUAGUUCUGGCUUUAUUCACCAGAGUCAACAUUUAACUGUGUUUCAGUAUCUGGGGCUCGAAAAUAAAAUUUCCAGGAUGAGUGGCCAACACCCUAAACACUGCUUCACUUUUUCUUAUUUGGAUUAUUGAUGAAAACACCUUAGAUAAUGAAAAAUGUCUUGUUUUCUUGUUUAUGUAAUCAAUAAUAUUUUGUGCAUUUAGUAUUAUUUUGAAUGUAGAUGGUUUUAAUGAAAAAAAACAACAAAUGGAUUGUUGUGACAUAUAAUUUUUAUGCCCCUGGCAUCUACUGAUGCGGGAGGCAUAUAGUGAUUGUCCUGUCCGCCUGUCUGUCCGUAUGAGGUUAACCAAAUGGGACUGUUUCGUCUAGCAUCCAUACCCCUUACUAGAGUGACUUGAUACUAAUGCAGAUGUGACCAUUCCUCAUCUUCAUACAUCACCUGACCUCAGUUUGACCUUGACCUCGUUUUGGACUUAGGUUGCUUUGUAUGGGCCAUCUCUUGGUUAACCAAAUGGGACCGUUUCAUCUAGCAUCAAUACCGCUUACAAGAAUGAAUUGAUACUAAUACAGACGUAACCUGUGACCAUUCCUCAUCUUCAAACAUCACCUGACCUCAGUUUGACCUUGACCUUGACCUCGUUUUGGAAAAUCUAUCGACAAGGAUGCCACCGGGGGCAUUAAGCGUUUAUUGAAUGCAGCUCCUUGUUUUAUUAAAGAAAAAAUAUUUGAAAAAUUAAAAUGCAUAGAAAAGUUAGUUAGGAGGUUUGUGACAUUUUGACGUAAAUUAGACUCAUAAAAUCCUAUACACACCUUCAAUAAAAUGUGUUAAGGCAAACCAUUUCUAUGUGCUGUGUAAAAUGUAUGCCAAUAUUUUCAUACGGCCAAAGGGAUGUAUUAUGUUAUGAAGCCGGUGUCUGUCUGUUUGUCUGUCCGUUAUCAGUUUCAAGUAAUGUGCAGAGCGCAUGUUUUGGAUGGCUUGCUUCAAGGUCAAGGUCACACUUAGGGGUCAAAGGUCAUACCUUCAGAUGUAUAUUGCUCCACAUUGCGGUGCUCUUGUUCCUCUAUUUUUCACUCCAUGAAGUUGUGUCAAUAAUGUUGAUGUUUAUAAUACAUGGCAAUAGCUAGUCAGUUAAAUUAUUAUUAUUAUAUGUAUAGUAUCUGUGUGUGCUUUGUAUCGGCUUAGAUUGCAGCUUUCUUACCUGUUAUAUGAUAAAAUUUCUGUCAGCGUAAUGACACUAAAUCUUAUGUUUAGUUGUAAUCAAACUUUUGAAGGUGCCCUUUUUAUUAGCUGUCAAAAGUAAUUUUAUUGGUAUUUUAUGACAUUCAUAUUGCAAAUUUGUCAAAACUGGUUUUAACGUUUAGAGAGUGUAGAGCAAAUAAGGGGGCUAUCAGCAUAAAGAGAAAAAAAGGCAGAUAGCCCCUAUUUGCUGUACAUGUACAUUCUCGUUUAUUGUGUCCCCACAUAAUGGAAGGUUAGGGCAUGUGUAGAUUUGACCUUUUACCUUGUUAUCAAGCACGCAAAAUUCUUUAGUCAUGAUUUCGUGAAAUUUAUUCGAACAUUUAAGACUUGAUUAGCUAUGAUAUAAAGCUAAAGGUAAUGUUUAAGAGUAAAGGCACUUUGUUAUUACAGGUAGCAUUUAGUUUUGUGGGAGCUCUUGUGUCUAGUGAACUGGUUUUUGAACUAACUGCAUUUAAGCCAUAAAUAUUGAACUUGAAAUUUAAAAAUGAGCCGUGCCAUGAGAAAACCAACAUAGUGCAUUUGUGACCAGCAUGGAUCCAGACCAGCCUGCGCAUCUGCGCAGUCUGGUUAGGAUCCAUGCUGUUCGCUUUCAAAGCCUAUAGCAAUUAGAGAAACCGUUAGCGAACAGCGUGGAUCCGGACCAGACUGCGAUGCGCAGGCUGGUCUGGAUCCAUGCUGGUCGCAAAACCACUAUGUUGGUUUUCUCAUGGUGCGGCUCAAAUUAUUGUUAUUAUUACCAUGUUCUUAAAUACAGGUAAAAACUGUCUUAUUUAGCAAUGUUAAAACAGCUGUUUAAAACAGGUAUUUCUGUGUUAGUGAUUUUUAAAUGUUAUAUUUUCAUUUAUAUAUGUUGCCAUUCACCAUCUGCCUUCUGAUCAUGCUCUUUGUCUUAAAAUUAACAUGGGGCCAUAUUCAUUAACUGAAAUUUUGACUUGGAUUUUAACCCUUAGCCUGCUGGCGGCAAGUGAUUCUGCCUUUGCAACCAGUGCAGACCAAGAUCAGCCUGCACAUCUGUGCAGUCUGAUCAUGGUCUGCACUGUUCGCCAUUCAGUCAGUAUCUUUUUGGUAAGCACCCCUUUUAACAGUUAAUGGUAAUGUCCAAAUUGGAAGAUGGACAAGUUUGUUAUAGAAAUUUAGCAGGGUAAGUGUUAAAAUGCUAAAUUUUCAGUUUGCUCUGUUUUUGUUGAAUGACUACAGUUUUUCAUAAACUUUUUCUUGAAAAUAGUUGAUAUAAACAAAAAUGUGUGUAAAUUUUCAGCAAAAUAGAUGCAUUUUUAAAGAAGUGGCAACUGGAAUUUUUAGAAGUUUUAAAAUCUAUGUCUAAAUUUUAGACUUAGAAUAGUGAUGAAACUGGGUCCAGGGUCUAAGAUUAUAAAACUUGCGUUUGGAGACCAGUCUGACAAUGCAAGGCUGUCAUUGGUCAAUUUCAAAUCUGUGCUCAGAAACAACCAAUCAGAUGCUGGAAUUUUGAGACUGGUCUCCAAAUUCAUUUUUGUAAUCUCGGACCUAAUAGUCAUAUACUUUAGUGAGUUCAUAUCAAGUUUCAGCUCAUUUUAUAUCUUUAGUUUAAUUUCACCUUACAUUAGGGAAUUGUGAAUUUGACCAGCUUUUAAUCAUGUUCAAAAUUUCCCAAAGUAGGGUAAGUCAACAACCUGUCUUAAACAAUAGGCACCCUUGAAAACAGUGUUUAACCAAAUAUAAUCAAAUACGUGAAAUUUAAUUAAGGGAAUAUACUAUUUAAUUUUAAGCUUAAUGUAGAGGACCCAUAUUGACAGUAGGCAAUUUCUUUGUGACAGAAUUUGAAAAUUAUUAAAUAAUUUUAAAAUAAGUGUGUAAUAUGAAAAAGUUCAGGAAACAUUUGAUUGAUCUAUAAAUUUUACAGUCUUAAAGGGGCAUGCCUUUAUGUCAAAUUUGCAAAAUUAAUUUUAAAAAGUAAUGAUUUCAUUGGUUAGUAAUAAUUGUGAAUAUAAAGCACUGAGUAAGAUCUAAGUAGAAAUAAAUUAUGAAAAAAAAUUGUAGUCUGUAAAUUUUGCGGAAAAGCUCACAAGCAUAAGUCAUGCCAUUGUAAUGUUCUCAAAAGUAGAGGGAAUAUAGCUUUACAUUAAAUUCAUAAAAUAUCAGAGAUAUGUUGCUAUGUAUUUCUAUUUUUUUUUUUUUUUUUUUUUUUUUGGGAAAAUUAGAAAUUUAUCUGGAGGCAUGCCCCCUUUAAAGUGACUCAUUCACACUUUUAAGGCAAACAUUUUUAUCUCAGAAAUCAAUAAAACUUGGGAAGUAUGAAAGUGGACAGCGGUACAAACUUACUUACAUUUAAUUUUUCCAAAAUGUCUUGAUAUAUUACCAAAAUAUUGUGCAGAAGGGUGUAAACUAUUGCAACAUUUACCAGUAUCUAACACUUAAUUUUUACUCAUCAUUUUUCAAUGUCAUAUAUACAUUGUAUGCCAAUCUUGGUUGAAAUGAAAAUGUUGAAAAAAUUCCAGGGUUUUCUUUGGGUCAGUUUCACUUUGUGUCAACAAAUGCGCUAAUCAGAAAAAGUUUGCAAAAAAUAGCUCCAAAGUUGGAGCCAAUAGUCUGUGAGAGUCGACAUACCACUUUUGUUGAGAUCAAAUAAUAAUUACAGGCAUUCAGUAACAGACAUGUAUAUAGCUAUUAAAAUUUAUUUCAAUCAUUUAGAAAUAAGAUAUCAUUUAACAGCGUCGGCGACAUCAAAAGCGACAUUUCUUUUCAUUGUUUUAAUUUUGCUACAAACAACAUUAACCAAUGUGUGUGUAAUUAUCUAAUCAGCCGGGUAAUUAAACUCUUCAGUUAAUCCAAUUAUAUAAUUAAUUUGACCCCCAGAAUGUCACUAGCUACUUAAAACACUCAUCUCAAAGUGUCAAACAGGUGAAAUAAACAACACUUGUAUAAUCGAUCAUGCGCAACCUUUACCUUGCAUCGAUUUCCUGUGCACAGUGUAAGAAUUUUACGCCCGUAAGAAAAAUCUGAUUGCCGAUUUUUAGCUCACCUGUCACAAAGUGACAAGGUGAGCUUUUGUGAUCGCGCGGUGUCCGUCGUCCGUGCGUGCGUCCGUCCGUCCGUAAACUUUUUGCUUGUGACCACUCUAGAGGUCACAUUUUUCAUGGGAUCUUUAUGAAAGUUGGUCAGAAUGUUCAUCUUGAUGAUAUCUAGGUCAAGUUCGAAACUGGGUCACGUGCCUUCAAAAACUAGGUCAGUUGGUCUAAAAAUAGAAAAACCUUGUGACCUCUCUAGAGGCCAUAUAUUUCACAAGAUCUUCAUGAAAAUUGGUCAGAAUGUUCACCUUGAUGAUAUCUAGGUCAAGUUCGAAACUGGGUCACGUGCCGUCAAAAACUAGGUCAGUAGGUCUAAAAAUAGAAAAACCUUGUGACCUCUCUAGAGGCCAUAUAUUUCACAAGAUCUUCAUGAAAAUUGGUCAGAACGUUCAUCUUGAUGAUAUCUAGGUCAAGUUCGAAACUGGGUCACGUGCCUUCAAAAACUAGGUCAGUAGAUCAAAUAAUAGAAAAACCUUGUGACCUCUCUAAAGGCCACAUUUUUCAUGGGAUCUGUAUGAAAGUUGAUCUGAAUGUUCAUCUUGAUGAUAUCUAGGUCUAGUUCGAAACUGGGUCACGUGCAGUCAAAAACUAGGUCAGUAGGUCUAAAAAUAGAAAAACCUUGUGACCUCUCUAGAGGCCAUAUAUUUCAUGAGAUCUUCAUGAAAAUUGGUCAGAAUGUUUACCAUGAUGAUAUCUAGGUCAGAUUUGAAAUUGGGUCACGUGCCCUCAAAAACUAGGUCAGUAGGUCAAAUAAUAGAAAAACCUUGUGACCUCUCUAGAGGCCAUAUUUUUCAUGGGAUCUGUAUGAAAUUUGGUCUGAAUGUUCAUCUUUAUGAUAUCUAGGUCUUUUUUGAAAGUGGGUCACGUGCCAUCAAAAACUAGGUCAGUAGGUCAAAUAAUAGAAAAACCUUGUGACCUCUCUAAAGGCCAUAUUUUUCAUGGGAUCUGUAUGAAAGUUGGUCUGAAUGUUCAUCUUGAUGAUAUCUAGGUCAAGUUCGAAACAGGGUCAUGUGCAGUCAAAAACUAGGUCAGUAGGUCUAAAAAUAGAAAAACCUUGUGACCUCUCUAGAGGCCAUACUUGUGAAUGGAUCUCCAUAAAAAUUGGUCAGAAUGUUCACCUUGAUGAUAUCUUGGUCAAGUUUGAAACUGGGUCACGUGCCUUAAAAAACUAGGUCAGUAGGUCAAAUAAUAAAAAAACCUUGUGACCUCUCUAGAGGCCAUACUUUUCAUGGGAUCUGUAUGAAAGUUGGUCUGAAUGUUCAUCUUGAUGAUAUCUAGGUCAAGUUUGAAACUGGGUCAACUGCGGUCAAAAACUAGGUCAGUAGGUCUAAAAUUAGAAAAAUCUUUUGACCUCUCUAGAGGCCAUAUUUUUCAAUGAAUCUUCAUGAAAAUUGAUCUGAAUGUUCACCUUGAUGAUAUCUAGGUCAAUUUCGAAACUGGGUCACGUGCGGUCAAAAACUAGGCCAGUAGCUAUAAAAAUAGAAAAACCUUGUGACCUCUCUAGAGGCCAUAUUUGUCAUGAGAUCUUCAUGAAAAUUAGUGAGAAUGUUCACCUUGAUGAUAUCUAGGUAAAAUUCAAAACAGGGUCACGUAAAACUAGGUCAAUAGGUCAAAUAAUAGAAAAACCUUGUGACCUCUCUAGAGACCAUAUUUUUCAAUGGAUCUUCUUGAAAAUUGGUCAGAAUUUUUAUCUUGAUAAUAUCUAGGUCGAGUUCAAAACUGGGUCACAUGAGCUCAAAAACUAGGUCACUAUGUCAAAUAAUAGAAAAAACGACUUCAUACUCAAAACUGGGUCAUGUGGGAAGAGGUGAGCGAUUCAGGACCAUCAUGGUCCUCUUGUUUUGGUUGGCACCACUAAAAUUCACCAAAAUUGAAGAUUUUUACCGCCAGAAUUCAUUUUUUGUCACAUUUGGCACCAUUGGUGACCAACAGCAGGAACCUUGAAUUCACCCCAACUGUGGGCAAGUAGUUUUAAGAUGUUAAAAUAUAAAUCAUUAUUGCCAGUACUUUAAGAACAUUGAAGUAUUCAUCAUGACAUGGCUAUAAAAAUGUAAUCACAAUAUAAUAAGGACUACUAUCAUUUUAGAAGUUGUCCAAAUUCAAGACUGACGGUCGGAAUAUUUUUGGCAGUUUUAUUUCCGAAUUUUAAUGUUGAAUCUAUCGUGCAUUUUAAGGAAUCGUGGAUUUUUAUAUUGGUUUGCUUCGUUUUAAUGUAUGAAAUGUUUAGUCCCGCAUAUCUACUGUUAAAAAAUGGCAGCUUUUACCUUUAAAACAGCUUAAAUUUUUAUCACCUUGCGAUUUACAAUUGGGAAGUCAUCAGUAGGAUUCAUGAGCCAGUCGUAUGUUCUCCAUGAUGAUUGACUGAAGACAAUAACAACCUGGGUUAUUUGUCCUCCACCACUGAUUCAUGCAGGGAAGUUGUUUGUUAUUUUUAGGAGAACUGGUUAUACUUGUAUGAAUAAUGGCAUCUGGGAACUGCAUUAUCACUGUUUUCUAUGUACAAGUAAGAAUAAGCCCUAAAUUUCAUAAAAAAUAUUGCCUAUCUUUCCUGUAUUUGAAAUGUGACUGGUACGUUCCAGUUUUCAAUUUCUAAGCUCUCAUACAGGUUUCAGUGUUAUAAAAUUUCACUUCCACCUAUCACUUUCUGCUAGUACUACAUUUCGAAAUGUCUCAAAAUGAUCAACAUUGAUAACGCAAUUAUUCUUAUAUAUAAAACUCUCUCUGUCUCUCUCUUUGCUUUUAUGUCAUAUUCGUAUCAACAACUUGAUGUUAGCUUCAUAGCAUAAACUUCUGAAUGUGUUAAAAGACUGCUCAUUUAAAACAGUUCAUAUUUUUACGUCUCAUUUUAUUGGUAUUUUGAAUAUACAUAUUACUAUGAAAUGUUUUUAUUAUGAAAAAAAGGAAUAUUUCUGUACAGUCAUGCUUUGUGUCAGUGAUGUAAGCUUGACAAAAUAUGAAUCAAAUGCUGCUUUAUACCUGUGAAAAAGUGCUGUUAAAUGUCUUGUAUGUGUAGUGAAACUGAGGUAACACUAUUCUUUUACUAUGUAUUUACAGACUUCUUGAAAUUAAUGACCUGACUGGGUAAAUGUGACUUUUUAGCUAGUCCCGAUUUUUUGAACUGUGUCCUUGAUCAUUGGCAUGUGUUAAGUUUUUUCUUUAGAUCCAUUCUUUCUUGAAAACUGUACCAGCUGUAGUUUUGAAACCUUGUACAGGUGUUUAUCAUUGUAAGUUGAGUAACUACGCCAAGAAGCACAACUCUCGCUGAUGUUUUGAAAUGAUUUUGGCUCUUUUUUACUUAAAAAAGGUUGUAUUUAUUGUAAUUUGUCCUAGUUUAUGUUCCAUGUUUCUUUAAUACUAUAAGAACUAUUGCUUGGAAACUUUGUUAACUUGUUUAUUAUCAUUAGAUAUGUGGUUUGGUCAAAAACCAUAACUCUCUGUUGCACUUUGAGGUACAUAACAGUACUUUUAAACUUUUGUUUAGGCCCACUUUUCUUGAGUACUAUAACAGCUACAACUUUGAGACUUUAUAAUACUUCUUUAUCAUCAGUAAAUGAGCAAAAAGGCCUAGAAAAAUUACUUUUUUCUUGCAUUCAGGUGUAACAUAAUUUCAAGCCCAUUCAGCUGAGUGUUGGCAGCAGCAUGUGGUAGUUUUGUUGAACUUAUUGUAAUAAUGUAUAUUCUUGCAAACCCAAGGGCCUUUGGAAUCUUUUAAUUUUCAUCUGACCCAUGAGAGUUAUAAUGAGUUUGUGGAGGUUUAAGAUAAAUAACUUUGCCUUACGGUAUUAUAAAAUUUACAUAAGGUAUUCCCACACAUUCUGUAAACACAGUCCAGUUCCAGUGUUAUAAAACAGAGUUUAGAGGCCAGUCAAAAAACUCAUCUGAUUAGCUGAUUUUGAGCUCAUUCUUGAACUGACCUAUUGCCAGACUGGUCUCCAAACUCAAGUUUUAUAACCUCAGAGCCAGCUUUAGGUUUCAUGUAAUAUCGCAAGCCCAGUCUGGUCAGUAUUUUCUGAAAUACUACGCACAGUUCUAGUCUUUACAUAUUAAAUGUAGAAUGUUUGCCAUAUGAGAGAAAAAGGUAAUUUGAAUGACUGUAUGUAAGUGAAGUACUGCCAGUACUAGAAUAAAUUACAAGAUUGUAUGUGAUUGUUAUAAUGUUAUUGUUGUAAAAUCAUGUGAUCUUUGCUAUGUCUUGAGACCAAAUUGUUGUUUUAUUACACAGUAUUUAUGUAAAUUAUGGUUAGGGGAAUAAAAUGAACAUUAUAUUUAUAAAAUAAUUUUA